AUGGCAUCGAAUCACCUGUUUUACGUGAGCCGGGCGGACAUAUUUUCCGUCUACCCCGAGAUUCUGCGCGAGCUCAUGGUGCUGGAGGAGCUGUUCGGUACCAAAUCGAUCAUCGCCUUCGGACACACGAUCGCGGCCACCGAUCGGGUGAUGCUGCAACUGCCGAGCGAGUUCGAGUGGCAGCUAAAACAAUACUUUCGGCUUUUGGAGCAACAGAAACGGAUCAAUGCAGCGGCCGACCAGGGCAUACAGCUGAAGAGCUCGCUGGAGAAGGUAGACCACACGUACUGGGAGGUACGGGCCAAGUCCAUCGACGAGGUCGUCUCCACGAGGACGUCGCCCGCUUCUGCUGACUCGAGCUCCACCGCCUACCGCCGGCGGCGACGCCAGUGCUUCCUGGACAAUCCGAUCGACUUCUGUGACAUCGAUGCGUACAACCAGUGGCGGCUGGAGGACAUUGUGCGGGCCGGCAAGCUGCUCCACAAACCUCCGCUUCCGGUGCGGUUCGACGACGAGUACGAGAUGCGCAAAGUGUACUCCAUGAUUUACGACGUCUAUCGGUUUAAGCUCGUACUUCAACAGGCACUGAAAAACAUUCGCUUCUACGGCAGCUACCCGGCGCUUGCGCAUGAAACCACUCGCGUAUGGUUGCUGCUGUACGAUAUGUACCUGCGGAAGUUUGUCAAACGGGAACCGGAAACCGUACCGCAGAAGGACGAACUCUUUCGGGAAGCCAAUCUCCUCGACAUAGAGCGGUGCCUCGAACAGAACAGCAUCAAAAUAGCGGCCGCCUUGACGCGCAUCCGGAUCCAGAACAGUGCGCACAAUCUGCAGUGUCUGUUGCCCCUUCACCUGCAGGACGAUAAGGUGGCGAUCGUCGUCUCAAACCCGAUCGUGACGGGCUGGAUCAACGUGUUCCGGAUCCGCACGAAACUGGAAGCCAACGAUACGCUGCGGCGACUCGGGUUCGAGCUGAUGGAACAGGGACCGGCACCGGCCGGCAACAAGAUGAGUCUGUUGAAUCUGUUUGCGCCGCGCGAGAAAACCGAGUACGUGCCGCUGUCGGUCAAUCGCUACAAGUGGGACCGCCUCUGUCCGCAGGUGCUGUUCAUAUACCCGGAGGACAAAUCACGCUUUCUCCAGUCACCCAUCUUUACCGACCAUCAGUUCAUCAUCCAGGACCGAUCGUUCAUGAUCGGACCGUCGGUGUUCUCGCAGUUGCUGGACUUUUUCGAGGUGCAGGGAGACGUAGUGCAGACGCACAUCGCGUCUCCACGAUCGACCGCUUACUUGGCCACGCUGCUGGCGAAUUGUAAUCGGGUGCGAAACUUUGUGGCUUACGGUUGUGGCACGAAGCUGGCCGAGUACCGGGCCUACAUGGCCGAUCUUGGGGUGACCAAUGUGCGCCUAUUUGCCGAGCCGUUUGCCGACGUUCCGCACGGAUCACCGGUGGUGGACAAGGUGGUAGGCAUUUUGGCGAACCCUCCCAGCUCGUACAGUGCGGUCGGUGAUCCGAUUGAUUUGAUUUGCAGCCGGGGUGGCGAUCUGUCGAUGUUGGAGAUGCUGUCGGAAUCGGAGAUGACGGACGACAGUCGGCGGCGGGUGACGAAGCUGCUGGAGGAGCAGCGGGCCACCCUUAAGCUAGCCAUGUCGCGGCCACAGGUACAGUUUGUGCUGUACCAGACGCACUCGAUCGUGGACACGGAGAACGUCAUCAUGGUGCAGGGGGCCGUUGAGUACACGAACCAGAAGGCGUUCGAUGUGCACUAUAGGGCGAUGAAGGAGCGCGAAGUGGCGGCGUUGGCCGAAGCCGCCGGCAAUACGCUCGUUAACCGGCUGCUGGGCCGUGGUCCGAAGGCAGCCGAAGGGGCGUUCACCGAUGCUGGUGAUGGUGCUGACGGUGGUGGUGGGGACGGUGGUUUGGGGUCGCGCAGAAACUCCGCCGAAGACGUAAACGUACCGCCCGAGGAUCAGUUCGAGGUGGCCGAGCUGCCCGACUUUUGUCCCCAGAAGGACGGCUGUUUGGACUUCCGCGAGGCGGGCGUCUUUCUGUCGCUCGUCAAGCGGAAGGAGGUGAUCCGGUUGGACUCGAAGUACCUGAUCAAGAUUGCCGAAGUGAGGGGCAUUUUCGGGGACGCGAACAACGGCCAGCCGCGGAUCAACGUGAAGGUGUCGAAGCGCUCGGAGCGCAGAUCGGAGGAGCAGGACGCACACGAUCUGCAGCACCGCAAGAAGGGGCUUAAGCGCCGCAGCAGCAACAUGGAUUCGCUCAUCACACGGCUCAACACACCGACGCAGGCGUCGCUGAAGCGGGGCCAUCAUCAUCGCAUUUCGUCGGUCGAGCACAAGUUUAUGUUUUUCGACGCGUACCGCGAGUGGUGCCCAAAGUACGCCAACCGCAGCGAAAAUAGCCUCAGCGUGCUGUCGGACGAUCGAUCGUCGACGUCGGUUGCCGGUGUCCGUGCGCGCACCUGGUGGAAGGCCACGAUCCGCUACGUGCUGCGGAUGGGUCGUUUGUCACGGCAACACCCGGAGCAAGCGGUGGCCGAUCUUCCGCCGCUCUCGUUGAAGCGCUAUCACACCGCCGGUUGUCGGUAUGGUGAGGAGGGAAGUCCGAAGCGCUUCCGGUGCGCUACCCACUGCAAUCGCGUACCGUACCCACUACCGGUUCGGAUACUGGAAUUUCGACAGUACAACUCUGAGAAUAGCUUACUGCUCAAGAGUGAACCAUCGGAAAUGGAAGUGGCCGCGAAGCCGGUGCGUCUCAGUCGGCAGCAUGCGUUGGCGACCAACUAUCCCGGUCCACGGGUUCGGUUACGAUCCUCGCUUUCCUGUUAA